CUGCAAUAAAGUUCUCAUACAUUUUCCUUGUCAUUUAGCCGACAAUGGCCGAGGGAGGAAGCAGCGCCGCCGUCCAGCAGCCCUUUCCACUCCAAGAUCGGGUAGCCAUCGUCACCGGUUCGUCUCGGGGAAUAGGCAGAGCCAUUGCUCUCCAUUUGGCGUCACUCGGCGCCAAGGUAGUAGUCAAUUACACCUCCAACUCAGCCCAAGCCGAUACAGUUGUCUCCCAAAUAAAUUCAAAUUCACUGCAAGCCAUAGCCGUCAAAGCCGACGUCUCCGACCCGGCUCAGGUGAAAUCCCUCUUCGACGCGGCUGAGUCGGCGUUCAACUCGCCGGUCCACAUCCUGGUCAACUCCGCCGGCGUGGCCGAUCCCAAGUACCCUAGGAUCGUCGACACCCCGGUCGAGGAUUUCGAUAGGAUCUUCAACAUCAACACGCGCGGCGCGUUCGUUUGCUGCAAGGAAGCGGCGAGCAGGAUCACGCGCGGCGGCGGAGGGAGGAUCAUCUGCCUCUCCACCUCGACGGUGGGGGCGUUGUUGCCCGGAUACGCUACGUACACGGCGUCAAAGGCGGCGGUGGAGGUGAUGGUGAAGAUAUUGGCCAAAGAACUGAAGGGGACAAAGAUCACGGCCAACAUCGUGGCGCCUGGGCCGGUGGCGACGGAGUUGUUCUUCGAGGGGAAGACGGAGGAGAUGAUAAAAAGGCUUAUGGAUUUAACGCCGUUAGGGAGACUGGGGCAGACGGAUGACAUAACUCCGGUGGUUGCGUUAUUGGCGGGUGACAGUGGUGAGUGGAUCAACGGACAGGUUAUUCGGGUUAACGGUGGCUUUGUGUGAUCAACCCUGUAGACAAAAUCUUUUUUUUUUUUUUUUUUCCAUGCGACAAUUUUUUUUUUUUUUUUUGGUAACUAAAUAAAUGUACGGAUCCGCUAAGAACUUUUUAUAGUCAAAUGGUAGGGACUUUUUAUAA